GUAGCUUAGGCCUGUGUAAUUGAUAAGAUGCAUCUGGCUUCAAGGCACAGAUUAAGUACAGAGUCAGGCUCUUUGUGUCCCUGGAGAGUCCAGUGGGGGUAGGAGCUAAGUCCCGGGACCACUAGCUGUAUAUAUCAGUGCCAAGAUAAUCCAGAGCAGGGAGAGGCAGAGAAGGAGGCAGCCUGCUGGAUUCUUCCUGCUGUUGAAAACUCACCCAACACUUACAGAGGAAAAUUUCCCCCCUCCUUUUCCUUGAAUGUUUUCCCAAACAUGAAGGAAAUAAGCUUAUUCAUUUUGGUGGGAUUUACAGGAGGCUUUCAAAUAUUUUCAAGUGCCUCCUCUCCAGUCAAUUGCCAGUGGGACUCCUAUGCCCCUUGGUCAGAAUGCAAUGGCUGUACCAAGACUCAGACUCGCAGGCGGUCAGUUGCUGUGUAUGGGCAGUAUGGGGGCCAUCCCUGUACUGGAAGUGCUUUUGAAACACAAUCCUGUGAACCUACAAGAGGAUGUCCAACAGAGGAGGGAUGCGGAGAACGUUUCAGGUGUUUUUCAGGUCAGUGCAUCAGCAGAUCAUUGGUUUGCAAUGGGGAUUCUGACUGUGAAGAAGACAGUGCCGAUGAAGACAGAUGUGAGGACUCAGAAAGGAAACCUUCCUGUGAUGUAGAAAAACCGCCUCCCAAUGUAGAACUGACUGGAAAUGGUUACAAUGCCCUCACUGACCAGUUUAGGAACAGAGUCAUCAAUACCAAAAGUUUUGGUGGUCAAUGCAGAAAAGUGUUUAGUGGGGAUGGAAGGGAUUUCUACAGACUGAGUGGAAAUGUCCUCUCCUACACAUUCCAGGUGAAAGUAAACAAUGAUUUUAAUUAUGAAUAUUACAACAGUAGUUGGUCUUAUGUAAAACAUACGUCGGCAGAACAUACAUCAUCUAGAAGGAAGCGCUUCUUUUUUAGGUCUUCAUCAUCUGCUUCGCACAGUUAUACUUCAAAUACCAAUGAAAUCCAUAAGGAAAAGAGUUAUCAAUUGCUGGUUAUUCAGAACACUGUUGAAGUGGCUCAGUUCAUUAAUAACAAUCCAGAAUUUUUACAACUUGCUGAGCCAUUCUGGAGGGAGCUCUCCCACCUUCCCUCUCUGUAUGACUACGGUGCCUACCGAAGAUUAAUCGACCAGUACGGGACACAUUAUCUGCAGUCUGGGUCCCUAGGAGGAGAAUACAGGGUUUUGUUUUAUUUGGACGCAGAAAAAAUCCAACAAAGUGGUUUUAGUUCAGUAGAGGAGAAGAAAUGUUCUUCAUCAGGUUUCCAUUUUAUCUUUAGAUCAUCUAAGCAAAAAUGCAAGGAAUUGGAAGAUGCUUUAAAAUCAGCUUCAGGAACCCAGAGCAAUGUACUGCGAGGGGAGCCGUUCGUCAGAGGGGGAGGUGCAGGUUUUAUAUCUGGCCUCAGUUUCCUGGAGCUGGACAAUCCUGCUGGAAACAAAAGGCGAUAUUCUGACUGGGCAGAAUCUGUGACUAAUCUUCCCCAAGUCAUAAAGCAAAAACUGACACCUUUAUAUGAGCUGGUAAAGGAAGUACCUUGUGCCUCUGCAAAAAGACUGUACCUGAAACGGGCUCUUGAAGAGUAUCUGGAUGAAUUUGACCCCUGUCAUUGCCAGCCUUGUCAAAAUGGUGGCGUGGUCACUGUCGUGGGGACCCAGUGUCAGUGCCAUUGCAAACCAUACACAUUUGGUAUGGCAUGUGAGCAAGGAGUCCUCGUAGGGAAUCAAGCAGGAGGGGUUGAUGGAGGUUGGAGUUGCUGGUCCUCUUGGGGCCCCUGUGUUCAAGGGAAGAAAACAAGGAGCCGAGAAUGCAAUAACCCGCCUGCCAGUGGGGGUGGGAAGUCCUGCACUGGAGAAACGACAGAAAGCAGGCACUGUGAAGACGAAGAGCUGGAGCACUUGCGAUUGCUUGAACCACAUUGUUUUCCUUUGUCUUUGGUUCCAACACAAUUCUGUCCAUCACCUCCUGUCUUGAAAGAUGGAUUUGUUCAAGAUAAAGGUUCCAUGUUUCCUGUUGGGAAAAAUAUAAUGUACACUUGCAAUGAAGGAUACUCUCUUAUUGGAGACCCGGUUGCCAGAUGUGGAGACAAUUUACAGUGGCUUGUUGGGGAAAUGCAUUGUCAGAAAAUUGCCUGUGUUCUACCUGUACUGAUGGAUGGCAUACAGAGUCACCCCCACAAACCUUUCUACUCAGUUGGUGAGAAGGUGACCUUUUCUUGUUCAGGUGGCAUGUCCUUAGAAGGUCCUUCAGCAUUUCUCUGUGGCUCCAGCCUUAAGUGGAGUCCUGAGAUGAAGAAUGUACAGUGUGUGCAAAAAGAUGCCCCUUUAACACCGGCAGUACCUAAAUGUCAGCGCUGGGAGAAACUGCAGAAUUCAAGAUGUGUUUGUAAGAUGCCCUAUGAAUGUGGAUCUUCCUUGGAUGUAUGUGCUCGAGAUGAGAGAAGCAAAAGGAUACUGCCUCUGACAGUUUGCAAGAUGCAUGUUCUCCGCUGUCAGGGUAGAAAUUACACUCUUAUUGGUAGAGACAGCUGUACUCUGCCUGCCUCAGCUGAGAAAGUUUGUGGAGCGUGCCCACUAUGGGAAAAAUGUGACACCCAGAGCAACAAAUGUGUCUGUCGAGAAGCAUCGGAGUGUGAGGAAGAAGGGUUCAGUGUUUGUGCGGAAGUGAACGGCAAGGAGCAGACAGUGUCUGAGUGUGAGGCGGGCGCCCUGAGAUGCAGCGGGCAGAGCUUCUCCAUCACCAGCACCAGCCCCUGCGCUGCAGAAACCCAGUAGGCUUCCUGGAGGGCCCGGUCGUCUUGCUCGGAACCCAGCAGGCAGCUGGGGCUGAGUUAAAGCAGCUGCCUAUCUGGGCGCCGGGACAGCUUUUCCAGCACGGACGCACGUUCUUUCUCCUUCUCCUGUGUUCUCUUCUUUCCUCAAUUCCCAGCCAUUUGUAUAACCACAACCCUUUGUUCUCCCAAACCUGAAUCUGGAUACUCUUUUUUUCUUCUUUUUAGUAUCAGUCAGGAUGAAGACAUUUCAUGAGCCUUUGCACAAGCUAGCUCUGUGUUUUUGGAAAAAUUGCCAACUUUUCUGGAACUUGACUUUUUUUUACUUGUAACAUUAGAGGAUUAGACUAGAGACACUUGAAUGCUUCCUUCAGCAAUAUGAUUCUAUUAAGUAUGAUUGACCCAGCCCGUGGGCCAGAGCACACUCUACAAACUGAUUAGGAAAACAGAAAGAACAGGAUUUCCUGAUUAGAGAGAUUGGCUUCCCUCAGUGCAACCAAAUUCAAAGUGGACCUUGAGUGACAAAAGACAGAUGCAAUUAUUUCCGUCCUGAGUAGUAAUCUCAUGCUUCACCCUAUUGAGUCAGCCACCAGUAAGGAUCCCUAUUCCUGUCAGGAGAUUGAACCACUGAAAUGUCAGAGCAGAAUUCAUCAUGCUAUAACCACAGGGGCACUCUUUGCCUUUUUGUCUAAGAACAAAUACAAUUCAGUCUGCUCUUUGGGGUUUUUCUUUAGUAAGCAUCAAACACAAGACCUGUGAUUUGCCCCUCUUCUUUUUUUGUUAUGGAAGAAGCAUCAGUUCACACCGGAGGUAUUGAGUGAUUGCAUAUUUGAGAAUAGUUUUCCCUAACAUGGAUACACUCCCAGCUUUUUCAGGGAAUAUGGAGGUAGAUUAGUUUGAAGCAUUGGCCUUCUAUUUAUCCCUUAUUCAUCUUUCAUCAAAACAAAAACAUGGCUGUGGGAGGUGAAAUGAGUGGGCUUGAAUGAAAUUUAAAGUAUGUUUUUAUAUACAACCACUAUCUCUAUAUUGUUCUCAUACUGAUAAAUACAUUUCAACAAAACUUCAGUUAAGAUGACAAGGAUUAGAAAACUCAUUAAAGAUACUAUUCUUCA